GAUUACCAAACAGUUGCUUAACAGUUGCCAGUGAAUCCUGUGCUGGAAGGAGAAGAGCUCUGCCGGCUUUGUUCUCCCCAUUUGUGAUAUAAUUUUUAAGUGAUCACCCUCAAAAAACAACACGACAGAAAUGGAGGUUUUAUCCUUGGCCAACGUUGAUUACAACAAUCAAGAAGAAUGCGCGUGGAGUUACGACUCUUAUCCGUUCGCAUGCGAAAGCGAGUGCACGAAGGCCGUCAACGACUUGGCCGAUCGACUCGAAGAAGAACUGAAGUUCGCGAAGAGGAACCACUUCAACUCUGGAGAGGUGCUGCUGCCCUUCGGUCUUCUGCAGAGGAUAUCCAGGGAUAUCCUCGAGGAGGCGGAGCAGGAACCGUGCGGCAUCCGCGGCUGCACCCUCUACCUGCACUUCAAGGGCGAAGACAACAAAUCGUCCAACAACAACAACAAUAACAACAACAAUGGGGUGUCGUUGGGAACAGUCAAGUUCGAUCGUUCGACGGCGUCCACGUUCGAGAUCACGCUCCUGCUGAAGCAGUCCACCGCCGGCUGGAACUCUUUCCUACCCCAAUUUUUAAAAAAGAUAACGAGGGGAGGCACUGUGAUGAUCGACACCGAUUACAAGCUGGUAAAGAACAAGCUGUACCGCUCUUACGUCGAAUAAGAGCGGGGCAUCUUCGACGUAACCUUUUCCUCGAAGAGUGUGUAAGAAGAAAAAGAAGGAGAAAUGCAGGAGACGCCGUCAUCGUAUAGGCGCAGACCACACGACUCCACGUACUAUCUACUACACUACAAAGAGAGUCGCGAAAGGGAAAAAGAAAGAAAA